GCUUCCUUGACCACUACAACUACAACCCCUUUCUUUGCAGGUACACUUAAUUAAGCAUUGAUCAAGCGGUCAACUGAUUCAUUCUCCGAGCAACCCGAGAGUUUUGAGAGUUUGUUGGAAAGCUACAGCCUAGUACUGUAAACCACCAACUCCCACCAACUCACUAUAACAAUAACAAUAACAAUUGCCGGUACAUGCGACCGUCGCACGAUAAAACCAGCUCUUUCUUUUUCGGCGGCAGCAGCAAUGGCAACAGCGAGGGAAGUGUACGGCGUCAACAAGCGUCAUCAAGACUGAGCGAUUUACCAUUGCGGGGCAUCCACAUCAACAUUAGCUCAGAUCCUUUUCAGCACCGAAUACCGCCCUACGUCCAACGAGCAUGGCAGGACAGCCGCAUUCAAGAGUAUUUGAGUGAUUGGCAGAUACGCGUACGACGUCGAUACCAAAAGGCAUCACCGCUCGAACUGUUAGCUUUGUCACUCAUCAUCUUUGCUUCCGGAAUGUUACUCUUGAUACACGUUGGGUUCUUUAGCGGCAAGAAAUAUCAGGACUGGCAUUAUGAUCAUUAUGGUUGGCUCGAUGAAGUCGAUUUGCUGGAUAUGCUGUAUCCAGACGAAGGCCGAGGACUGACUACUGCUGUAUUAUUGUUCGACCCAAAGGAUCAGUGGAAAGUUGCUGAGGAGGCCAAAGAGACCUUGACACCUCUGUUGGAUGAAUUGUGCGGAUACGAGAUGUUUGGCGGUAUCAUUAUCUGGAACAAUAAUCCGCUAGUCAAUGUGACGAUGAAUGUGUUGGAGACAAACAAAAAGUGUCAGUCGAGCAAGAUCCAAAUUUACAACUCGCACAGUAACAUGCAUAAUGCUGGACGCUAUCUCGGAUGCUCAUUAGCCAAGACACCUUAUUGCUAUUUUCAAGAUCACGCCGGACCACGACAUUGGCGUAGUUUGUAUGCCAAUUUCUUGAAGUAUCCGACUUUAAUACAUGCUGAAUCACGCGAUGUUGAAGCCUACGCACAAGCCAAGUGGCGAUGGUGUUUUUAUAAUGAUGCCGUGCAUUUACACACGUGCCACGCACACGUAGGAUAUGGCACAUUGACAUCCAAAGAGACCGUUUUAAAGUUUAUUGAACUGAUGGAAUUGGACCCGAUCGACGUCAAGCACAGUGACAUGUACUUUAUUACAUAUACCAACCAGGCACCCUAUAUACUCGAGGGAACCCCAUCGGUGUUUCCGCCAUUCAAUGAUGAAGAAGAUCGUGAGGGCGCUAUUGUUGAAAACAAGAAUAAUCCAAAUAUCACAAAAGCUGGAAGGCAGCAUGUGCACACGGGUGUAGUAUCAUUAUACAAUCAUUUGAUUCAUCGGACUGGCGUAUUUGCAGCGGAUGAGACGUUCCCAAAUUACUACGAGCAGACUACAAGAACACCGUGUGCAAGUGACCGUUGUCUCUUCAUGACAAAUGUUGAAGCGUUUCCGGAGCCCCGGAUAUUCUCGUAUGAGCCAAACAUCGACCUUACACUCGCUGAAAAGAUGCAUGAUUCGUACUACGAUGGCCAUGAUCAUCAUUACACAUACCCGUAUGGCAACGCGGUAGAUGGCAAGGACGGUAGUGUUUGGAAAUCUGAAAGAUAUAUCAAAGCAGGAGAUUACAUUGGUUUGGACGUACUCAUGUCAACACGGAUACCUUUAAAGUUUCGAUUUCUGGCACGUCAUCCGUAUACCUAUCGACGUACAUUGAACAUUCAGACGUCGUUUGACGGUAUCAAUUGGAUGCCAGUCAAUCCAUCUACUGACAUUGAAUGCAACGCAGAAGACAGCUCUUCAUCAUCUCGUACGCCUAUGCUUGAGUGCAGGUUCACCAUACUGGAAACGGGGUAUCGGUUCAUGCGAAUGGAAAGCACACAAGACUUGGAUUUUGGUUUUGAACUCUACGACCUGUCGUUUAGUGCAAAAGUAAAGCGAGAUGCGAACGGACAAUUGCUUGACCUCGGCAUGGAUCACAAUGGUGUCGCGUUCGUGGAAGACGAUAGAAACCUCUAAUAACAAUUUGCAUAUCUAGAAACAAAUGCCUAUAACAGACAGACAAACCCACUUAGCACGUAAUCUAUUACUUUUUUUCUCAUAAAUAUUCAUAUAGAGUACCCUUUUCGUACCUAUCAACCAACCACCUCACUCUUGUAGAUGUACACACACACAAACAUAAUCCAUCUCCUACUAAAUCCAUCACUUUCACACCAUCCAUUCACCCAUUUAUUUCAUCACCACCCGUGCACGCUUUAAACCUGUAACUACUUUUUUCAAGCUGUUAAUUUUAUUUAUUUACGAAU